AUGGCUGAUCAAUCCGCUGCCUGGCCCCUGGCCGACGAUGCUCUCCAGCAGGAGAUCCUGGACUUGGUCCAGCAGUGCCAGCACUACCGUCAGCUGAAGAAGGGCGCCAACGAGGCCACCAAGACCCUCAACCGUGGUGUCUCCGAGCUCAUCAUCUUGGCCGCAGAUACAAACCCACUCUCGAUUGUUCUUCACCUGCCCCUUCUUGCUGAGGACAAGAACGUCCCAUACGUUUACGUCAAGUCCAAGACCGCCCUUGGGCGCGCCUGCGGUGUUUCCCGCGCCGUCAUUGCUGCCAGCAUCACCUCCAACGAGGGCAGCGAGCUCGCCGGACCCAUCCGCGCUCUCCGCGACAAGGUUGAGAGACUGGCCAUCUAA